UUUACGACGAUUAAAACUAAAGAAAUUUGAAACUUUCACUGUCAUUUGUUACAAUUGAAAUCUGGGAUUUGAUUUUUGUAAUUUCUGCAGUAAAAGAAAUCAAACCAAAUCUCCUACAACACACCGGUCAUCCCAAUAAAGCGCAUUUUUUUAGUAUUCGUAGUAAGAAAGUACUAGUAAUUAAACAAAGCAGAGAGAGAGAGAGAGUGUUUUGGAAAUGGGGUUGGGAUGGGGAAGAGCGAUAUACGAGGGAGUGGUGGUGGUGGGAUCGCUGUCGAUGCUGGGAUGGGCGGGGCUGUGGUUCUUGAACAGAAGACUUUACAAAGAGUACGAAGAGAAGAGGCCACUCGUUCAGAUCAUCUUCAGCGUCGUCUUCGCCUUCUCCUGCAACCUCCUCCAGCUCGUCUUAUUCGAGAUCAUCCCCAUUCUCUCCAAAGAGGCAAGAUGGAUGAACUGGAAGGUGGAUUUGUUCUGUUUAAUAGUGUUACUGGUCUUCAUGUUACCUUAUUAUCACUGUUACUUGAUGCUUCGCAGCAGUGGUUUGAGGAUGGAACGGGCUGCACUUGGUGCUAUCUUAUUCUUGUUGGCAUUUCUAUAUGCUUUUUGGCGCAUGGGCAUUCACUUUCCUAUGCCUUCACCGGAUAAAGGUUUUUUCACCAUGCCUCAACUGGUCAGCAGAAUUGGGGUUAUUGGUGUUACUGUCAUGGCUGUCUUAUCUGGUUUUGGAGCUGUAAAUCUGCCAUACAGUUAUCUAUCCCUCUUCAUUAGAGAAAUUGAAGAAGCAGAGAUUAAAGCUUUGGAAAGACAAUUAAUGCAGUCAAUUGAAACAUGCAUCGCCAAGAAAAAGAAAAUAAUUCUUUGUCAAAUGGAGAUGGAGCGAAUCCAAGGGUCUGAAGAGAAAUUAAAGGCUAGGUCGUUCCUAAAACGGAUUGUUGGCACAGUUGUGCGAUCUGUGCAGGAUGACCAAAAGGAGCAAGAUAUUAAAAGCAUGGAAGCAGAGGUUCAGGCUUUGGAAGAGCUUUCAAAGCAGCUAUUCUUGGAAAUAUAUGAGCUUCGCCAAGCUAAGGAAGCUGCGGCUUAUUCACGGACCUGGAAGGGUCACAUGCAAAAUCUACUGGGCUAUGCAUGUUCUGUAUAUUGUGUUUAUAAAAUGAUAAAGUCUCUGCAGAGCGUUGUGUUUAAGGAGGCUGGUUCAGUUGAUCCCGUGACUAAGACAAUUAGCAUAUUCUUGCAGUUCUUUGAUAUUGGUAUUAAUGCUGCUUUAUUAUCACAGUAUAUAUCCCUCUUAUUCAUUGGAAUGUUGAUUGUUAUAUCUGUGCGGGGAUUUCUAAGUAAUCUAAUGAAGUUCUUCUUUGCAGUUUCUAGAGUUGGGAGUGGAUCUUCAAGCAAUGUUGUUCUUUUUCUUUCUGAAAUAAUGGGAAUGUAUUUUGUAUCUUCUAUUCUUUUGAUUAGGAAAAGCCUAGCAACUGAAUACAGGAUGAUUAUAACAGAUGUGUUGGGUGACAUUCAAUUUGAUUUUUACCACCGGUGGUUUGAUGCAAUAUUUGUGGCCAGUGCUUUCCUAUCUCUACUUUUACUUUCUGCACAUUAUACAUCCCGGCAAGUUGACAAACAUCCAAUUGAUUAGUACAUUCAUAUGUAUUUAUUUGUGGAAGCAUGCUUUGCUUGUGGCUACCUUAAAAUUUCAAUGCAAAGGAAGCGGCAGAAAUUUUUAAUCGGACUUCCACUAGUUGCAGAUCUGCUGUAAGUAUCCGGGGCAUGUUACAAAAAGAAUAUUCAGUUAGUCUGCAAUGGUUUGCGCCUCCAAUCAGAAGUAUGAAAAUACCAAUGGGAUUUGCAAGGACUAUAUAUAUAUAUUCAAGAAUGCAUAUGGGUGAAAUUUUGUGAAGAGUGUAUUUUUGUUCCUAGUUUGUCAAUUGUCAUGUUUGGGGCUACUACUACUACACUUGUAUCCAAUAGUUUUGAUGGAUCUAUACACGAUGUGUGAUUUAAAUGAAAUUGCUUCAACUUGAUUGAUUAAAACAAUUGAAAAAUGUAACAUGGGUCGGAAACCCUUUGGACUAUAUGACAUAUAUAUAUAUAUAUAUAUAUAUUAAUUUGAUGA